AUGACCGCCCGCGAAGAAUUAGUCCUCCCUCCCAUCGAUCCCUCCAUCUCAGAUGAGAAUGAUUGGUGGGAGUUUGGCCUGUCCGAGGUCAAGGUCUUGCGACCAGGUAAAAUGCUGUAUGCGAAUUUGCUAGAAGCCAAUGAGAACAACCCUGUGCAGGUCAUUGGCCAGUUAGAUCUGAAGCCGAAUCAAGAACACUUAGUGCUUGACCCUGAUACCCUCUCCAAACGAAUUAUUAUCGACGAUGUUACCCACUAUGCCUACGGCCAGACAGAAGAUCGCAGCGUCGAGCUAUGGGUGGCCGGCAAGGCUGGCUGGUACCAAAUAUCACCCGCAAAGGGCUACCUGCCCACCUUCAAUCGCAUGGUCCAGGCCGUGGACAUGUACUACUUCCUGAUGGACAGGCACCAGCAUGGAAAGAAACAGCUAAAUCCCACAUUUAAGAACCUGUGUGAGCAAUACGUCUUUCACACACAUGGCGAUUGCGAGACCAGAGAGAAUUCAGCCGAAGUGUUUACACAACAUGGGCCCUUCUUGCUGCGUUGCAUGAUUGAAGAUGAUGAGGACAUGGAAUGGAAUAAGACCAAUGUUUUCAUCCAUCUUCGCCGACAAUUCAAAGAUGAAUACAAGGAGAUCAUGGACCGCCUAUCACCCCAAUCUGAGAACGAGGAGGAGGAGGAUGAACCCGAAGCCACCACUCCUCGACACAAUCCAGCCACAAUCAUUAAGUCACAAACCGAUGCUAUCUACCGAUUGAUACAGGAGCUCAAGGAAGAAGGUCAUCUGGCGAAACGCCGUUUGCAUCUAGACCUAGUGUCCGAGCGAUUGUCUGAACGCUACUCGUUCAGCAAAGAGAAUGCUCAUAAGAUUAUCGCAGCCCGAGCGGGUACCGUACUCGAGAAGUUGGAUGAAGAUGAGACAUCUGGAGUGAAAUGGUCUCGCUAUGUCAUCCACCGAGAACUUACUCAUGCUGCCUCACAGCCUGAUCCCUUACCUCAUGGCCUCCUCACACCUCUACAGCCCCUCGAAGACUCCAGCGAUGAUGAAGGUCUUACCCGGACUCAAAAGUCUGUCCUCCGCCCAAGGAGUGCCGCCGUUUCUGCCAAAGUUAUGGGCAAACGGAAUCGAAAUGUAACGGCAAAUCAGCAGAAUACAGAGUCUGACAACGAUGAUAACGAUGAUGAUGACCCAGACGCCAUGUCCGACAUUGAAACACCUAGCAAGACCCGCGGCCACGAGCUAAUUCGAACUCCAUUGGCGUCAGCAAAGCCACGAACCAGGUCCUUCAUGGCCAAAUCCGGUCCUGCAGCUUCUCUCCUGAAAAGCAUGCUUCAGGAAACCACCCAAAAACCUACUACCCUUGCAUCAACUAUGAGCAUUGAAAAAUCAGAUCUAGGAGGCAUUCCACCACUUCCUGAAUUAAAUGGCCACUCUGAGCUUGAAUCCGAACUAGUCCCUGAGCCUACACCUCAACCUGAGCCCGAAAUAUGGGCAUGCCGCAUGGCUGGCUGUCCUAAAUUGAUCACCACCAAAGGAGCGGAACGCCAGAAGGAGAUUGAAGACCACGCCGGCGAGCAUGACUGGGAAACCCAAAUGCGAGUCGAGCUGGUCGAGACUGAGCAGCGCAUGCAUACUGCUCUUCCCGUUAGCAAUCUCAUGAAGUACUUAAUCAGUCAACACUAUCAACAGAUGCGUGAAGCAUUUCCGGAAGUUUACUUUGCGGAGGAGACGCGGAUCUAA